UCCUGGCAGGGUGUCGAAGAAGCUGAUGACGCCAUCAGCACCUUUCCCCAGCUGGACAGUGGAGAUGAAGUGGUUUGCCAGGUGUUUUCAAGCAGCACUAAGGUUCCGAGCAGAGCUGGGCCAUAGUCUAUGACGGCUUACCUCGGAUGUCUACCUUUAAAGGUCCCAGUAGAGUUGAUCUCUCCCAACCUUUUCCUCGUCUGGCCUGGUCGUGCCAGUCCGUGGGGGCGGCUCACUCUUCGCCCGUUAUCGACAUCCUCCUAGACCCUGCAAGAAGCCAAUCGGAAGACCUCACGACCGACCCGCCAAUUCUUGGGGGACCGCAGACGGAGACAAGGCGCUGGUCGCCUGCUGCCGGAGCUGUGCUGGUGGACGUUCAGAGAACUUUGAACUUUGGUCCCGGCAACACGUCACACACCUUCCACGUCUUGUGUCACGUGAACCAUCGUAAAACCACCCUGACCCUCACGUUCAUGGUGCACAUAGACUAUCCACCGAGGUUUAGGACAUCACCUCAACAAGUGUCUGUCAAAAGAGGCUCACCCAUCAUCCUCGAUUGUGGUUUGGGCGAUACAACGACUCUCAUACACUUCUACUGGGCUAAAGUUAAUGGGACCAUCGACUUGACUUCUGGAAACUUCGAAGGUGACAGCCAAGACUCUCCCAUGCUUACAAUCUACCAUUCAGAGGCGAUCAAUGCUGGGCUCUACUAUUGUGUGGCAGGAAACGUCGUCAAGGAAGUCUCCAGUCCUUUCAUUCAACUCAUUGUGUUCGACGAUGAGGAACAAGGAUUCGUGAAGACGUUUUUUGGCGACACUGUCACUCUUCGCUGCAGAGACUUCGAGGGCAGCUCGCCAGCUACGCCCCGGGAGUUCAAGUGGUCUUGCGACUCCAACCCCAACUGGAUUCUGCAGCCUCCACGCUUCCGUGCACAGGGCAGGUACUUGACCAUCUCUGCAGUUCAACUCUCAGACGCUGCUGUGUACAGAUGCACUCAGACCGAUGACCUGGGCGCAAUCCAUAGUCUGCUCCUCGCUCUCCACGUGAUACCAGAAUCUCUCCGCCCGCCAACCCUGCGCUCAUACGGCAGCUUCCGACAAGGGAGUCAAUCGAAGCUCAGGUGCACCAUCGGGUUGUCUGCUCUGGUGAGCACGAAAGCGUUUCCGGUGCGUUGGUCUCAUUUGCUGAGCGAGGAAACCCCGGGUUUCUUGAGUAUGUCUGAAUGGGUGCAUAAGGAGAACGACUUCGUCAUCUACACAGCCGAGCUCAUCUUCAGUGACCUCAGCGCAUUCCACAGCGGGACUCUGCUCACCUGCAUCGCCAGCCUGGGAGAGGCCAGCUCCGUGGCGGAACACCGACUCGAGAUAACAGGCGAGGACGGUACAAUUGUUGGGGAAGACCAGCGCUCUCUUUGCGUCGGAGCGGUGACACAAAUGUACCAAGGGCUGGAGAACUACAACAUCAUCUUCGCCACUUUCAUCUCGUUUUUAACACUGGCCCUGGCGGGGACACUGAUCUACUGCCAGUACAGCCGCGACCGCCAACGACGCCUAGAUCAGUACUACCGACUGAGGGUGCUGACGUCCGCCAGCAACCAGCUGAUGGCCGCCCACAACCAGGCGACGAACGUCUGCAGCAGCACACGUUGCGCUGACGACGGCAACUCGCGGCGAAGGAGUCAGAGGGUGUCGUGGGAGCCGAGGGUGGACCAGAGGGAGUGUAUUGCGGAUGGUGGGCCGCAGGUCAACGUGGCAUGCUCCGACACGGAGUCGCAGGAAGUGGAGAAGGUAAAGGAUGGAAGUCCCGGGCCUUGAACCCCAGUGGCCCGUCCCGGACACACUCGAGUCUUGACCAUAACACGAUCGCUCCGUGGAUGCUGAU